AUGCCUGUCUGCUGGAUUCAAACCAAAGUACCUGUCACCAUUAGUCCUCAUUCAAAACAGGAGACAGAGACAGACAAAGGCUGUGGAAGAGAUAUGAAGCUGCUAACAGGAGAGAAACAAGAGAGAGUGUCAAAGAUGGAGGAGCGGGGAGGGAGGCUGAGUGUGGAAAUAACAGAAAGAGAACAGAAAAAGACACGCCGCGAACUAGAGACAAACUCUGUAGCACAGAGAAUCAGAGAAAGAGGAAACAAAGCGGCUUCCUCCUCUAUUGAGCGAGAUGACAGUACGAGUAAUAAAACCGACACAUGGCUGUCUGCGAUGGCCCUGAUGCACUGGCAGCCAUCCAACCGGCACAAACCACAAGUAAAGGAGUCAAACAAAGCCAACAACAGCACCGGAGCUGCGUCCCUGCCUGAUUCUGCCAACCGCAAACAUGACGCACAAAUAACCUCCCCCGCCACACCGCCAGACAGCAUGUGA